CACAAUCGUACCGUGGCCUAAAUAAAUUGAUCAUUUCUUUACUGGGUGGAGUCGCUGAGUUCUAUCAUUUGUGUUCUUUUUAGACAACUGCAAACCAUUUGAAUAUGUAAAACUGAUGUUUUGUGAGAAAGCUUACAAUUCAUCGAGAGACAAGAGUCAAGUUAGCCAAGAUGGCAACCCUUUUCUUACACAGGAUAACAUAGCGAUUCAUCAGAAAUGAGAUAUUCAUAGAAUACUGGUGUCUUGUAUAAUUCCAUUAUGGGUGAUAAUGUAUAGCCGACAUUGGUGGCAGGCAUCACAAACACCAAAAUAACUAAUUUGAUGAACUCUUUGGUGAACCACAAACGAACAGUGAAUGUUUCUCUUGAAAUAUUCAUCGUCCCCCGAGCCGUCCAGCAUGCAUCACCAUUCCGGGCCGAGAUAUCGGCGGUCGGCCGAAGAGAGGAUCCGACGGAAUGUAACAAACCCGGCGUACGUGACAGAGAUCAACCAGUUUGAGUACAGAGCGUCUCCUACUGAAGCAUUGACCAAAAUGAAGAUGUUGGAACAUUGCAAUACAGCCAUUAUCAAUCCAGUAUUCCUUCCACAAACGGAUUUACCGGUUGAAGACCCGAAACUCAAUGACUUCAUCAGCGCUGACAAAGUUGUGAUCAAUCCAUUUUUUGGCAUGGGGGUGCCCGAUUACAGCAAGAUGAGGGCGCCACAAACUGGAGGCCAGCGGACAGUCAUUCACGUCCCCCCUGACAAUUGGGUCGACCAGUUUCCACUUCACAGUGCUGCCUACGAGGGCGACGCAGACACGAUAAGACAACUUGUUGUCAUUGGUUACCAUGCAGAUCAGCCGGAUAUGCACUCGUGGGUACCGCUUCACUAUGCCUGCUGGAAUGGGCAUGCUGAUGCUGUGAGGGCGCUGUUACAAAAUGGAAGGUGCUCACCCAAUGCAGAGAAUGAGAACGGCUCGACUCCGUACCAUUUUGCCGCAUUCCGUGGACAUGCAGCUUGUGUACAACUCCUAGUCACCCACCCUGAUAUAGAUAAGACGGUUGUGGAUAAGGAGGAGAGGACGCCAUUACAGCUCUGUAAAGAAUCUCGGCAGAAUGAUUGGGAGAUGUGUGUGGAACUCAUUACAGAAGCCGUGCAGAAAGAACCAAUAAGAAUAGCUGUCCACCUAAUGGAUCUGGAUGGGUCUCAUGUCAUGUUGGACUUAACGGCAGGCAGCAAUACAACGGUUUCACAGCUUUUAAAGCAAUUAGAUUUACCCAGAGGCUGUCAGCACGCUUUUGCAAUAUGGAUCGCAUCUCAAAGCUUACAUUUGCAAAUGAGACCAGAGCAUAAACCAGUAUUACAUGUAAAGCAAUGGAGCAUGAUUAUACGGCAACUAACCAACUACAAUCCAGAAACAGAGCAGCCAUUACUGUAUCUAAGGAGGGACGCACUACUCUCCGUAGAAGAUGAGAGGGCGAUAAAAGACCCGCAGGCAGUGAAGAUGUUUUUUGACGAGUGUUUAUUAAAUGUACUAAAGGGAAUGUACCCUUGCAGCGAUGCAGACGCCAUCACGUUAGCAGGAAUAUAUAUGCAGAUUGUCUACGGUGAUCAUGACGCUAGAAAACACAAACCAACUUUUCUCAGUAAUGUGAACCUACGACAUUUCAUCCCAGCCAUGAAGCUGGACACAGUUAGCCAAGGAGGGCGCUCCGUUAAUUGGCCACAGAAGAUACUAGCCGAGCAUCGGAACAUCACACAAAAGGGAGUCAAAGAUGUCACGAAGCUACACCUGUUAUACCUAGAGCACUGUCGAGCGUUCAAUGUUUACGGUUCGGCGUAUUUCUUUGGUUCGGCUCAGCUUGGUCCUUCACCUGGUCGCCAGUCAUCAGGAUCCAAUAGGUCGCUAGCGGUAUUUGUAGGCGUCAACUCAAGGGGAAUUCAUCUCAUCAAUGCAAUCAGCAAGUCUGUGUUGCCGACAGUUGGUUACAGACAGGGUCUAACGUGGGAAUGUUCAGCCGACAUGCAGACUCUAACACUCCUCAUGCAAGACCAAGGAGGAACAAUCCGUAAAAUGCCCAUCAAGUCUAAACAAGCUGCAAUUAUAGGCAAUUUGGCCAAUAAGAUCUCAGGGAGACAACCAACAACUAGCCAACCAUCAACUUCCAAUGGCAGGACCGGAGGCUCUCCACCCCGCCAAUAGAGGGCACCCUUUCCUUUUAGAUCAAUCUUCAUGGGAAACCAAAACUCUUGUGUGUGCGUGUGUGUGAGCGUGUCUACCCGUGGACACCGAGGGCUUGGAGUGGUGCAACAGAGCGAGGGCGCCCUUGCUUUGAGUUUGCAUCAAACCCAAUCAGAAAAGCAAAGAGAAGUCCUCAACUCAGCGGGUCAAAGAACAUGCGUGUGUGUGUGUAUAUAUAUAUAUAAAAAACAAUGAAGGCCACCACUUUGUGGCAUUUGAGUGCCAUUUGGACUCGAGCGGAAGAGUUAUACUCAGAAAUUCAAGAAGAUUCUUGAGCUGUUGGAGGAGAUUAUUUGUGCAGAACAGGAAGACUUCAGGCUGCCUUGCCAUUAUUCCUUGUUAUUUGCUCAGAUUUUAUAUGGUUUUAUUUCCUUGCAAAUUCGGAAGCAUUUUGGUAACAUUUACCAAAACAUUGCAGGAAUUGUUUUCAUAUUUUAUCUGAAAACGACAAUUUUGUUUUUUUCUUUUUAAACUGUGGCAUUGUUAAAAGCGGCUGUACAAAAGCGGCUGUCAAGCCUUUCAUGGUUACUAUGUGGCAACAUCCCCAAUGUAGAUAACGCAUGUACAACACAGGGGCCGCUCUCUGUGAUGCAUUACGAAUGGCCAAAUGUAGUAGUCAAAAUGGUAUCAGCUUCUGUAAAUUGUGUUUUCGGAUUUCAAACUUUUGCAGUUGUCAUCAGUGCACGAAGGUAUGAAGCUUUUAAAACGCUAAGCCAUUUGCAAGUUAGAUUUCGAAUAAUGUCUGGUACAUUACCAGUUUAAUCUGAAAUCCUCAGACUAUAGAGAAGGGUGUUCUGUUGUUUGAUUUGGGACAAGCUUUUGCAUAGUUGCGUUAGAGACAGUGAACACCCAAACAGAUUGUUGAAUGAAUGUGUAUGGCACAGUUGCACUAGGGUUUGCGCAUCUGGAGGUUGCUAAACAAAGCUUGAACCAUUCGACAUAGCAACUGUCUCUAUUGACCACAUAACAUUUGUUUACACAAAAAUAACCUUAUAUAAUCCAGGGCCUUUCUAACAGGCGAGAUACUACACGAGUCAUAUGGGAAAUUUACAUUUUGUGUAAAAAAAUUCCACAUAAACUCAACAGACAUAAAAAUAAAUAGUUGUAGAUGGCUUAGGAUCCAACAGCAUUUUCUUUUUUAAGUUGACUGCUGAAGGCUAAAGGUUUUAAUGUGGCAAAAAGAUCAGCUUUAAGCCAAGUCCCCCCCCCCCCCCCCCCCCCCCUCUGUUAAAGGAAAUACACAGACGUAACUCCGAUAUUCAAAGCUGGUCUUGGACUGUGCUAUUUAUUGUUUGUAUGUGUUAUUGUUAUCCCUCAGACUACAAUGUUGUAGUCUCUAAGCAAUUUUGUUUAACUUAUUUAUAUUCACCAAGUAUACAUCAUAGGUUGAACUUGUGAUUCAAUGUUUAGAAGCUCAAAAUCAAGUAGUGUUUUGAAGUCAUUUGUGACAACUAACGCACAGAAUUCAAACCAAACCGGAUCUAAAGGGAAAGUACAGGAGGCAUUUUCUUUACAAUCUUUCAUGAAAUUUUGGAAAAAGAUACUGACUUUUGUCAGGGUGUACUUUUGGUAAUUACUCUUACAAGUUGUUGACCGUAAAGAGCAUUGGAGAGCUGUUGAUAUUAUAAAACACUAUUAGAAUCGACCCCCUUUGAGAUAAUGUAGUCUUAGAGAAAGAGGUAUAUUUCCAAUCACAAAUUUGAAUCUGAGAAAGGCUUCAAGCAUAAAGCAUUUCUCAGGAAUCUAACAGCACACAAUUCUAUGCAACAAGGACCUUCCUGCAAUUUCGAUGACCACAACCCAAAAUGUUCACAGGUUUGUUAUUUUAUGCAUAUGUUGAGAUACAUUUAGUGAGGAUGCUGGUCUUUGAAACUUACCAAAAGUAUACCCCUUUAAAAAUCAGCCUUUAAUUCAGCAUUUAUACAGUGUAAUUUUUGUGAAGACUACAUGUAUCAUCAAAUUUGACGCCAAAAUCAAACACUUUUUAGAAACAGUGAACUCGCAUUAAAAGGGAAGACAACCGAAGCAUCAGUCAUGAUGUGAUGUGAUGUAAUGGACACUAUUCAGAAAUUGAGAACUAUCAUCCUGUAGUAGGUCUUAUUUCAAAGUUCUUCUCAUCUAUUUGCUGAGAAAAUGAAAACCUUGUUUGGAGUUUUGUCACAUACUGUCUGGUUUUUACAUGCAGCAUCACAAAUAAUGUCAAAGAAUAAUACUGCAGUGCACUUUUUUUGGGGGGGGAAUACACUUGCUGUGUAUACGUAGUGGAGUUACCCGUGGUGUUUUCAAGGAGCAAAGCUGAUUGAACCACAGCGUAUACAAAACAAAACUGACAGACUGGAUAGCAUAAUUUAAAUGCAAGGGGUCUAGAUGCUUCUUUUUCAAGCUACAUGAAUUACCAUAAGAAAGCAAAGUUGUACUUUCCCUUUUUGCAAUAUCCUUUAAAUUUCUAUUACAUGUAUUUCUUUUAAGCAAGAAUUUUACUGAUGUACAUUUUUUGUUAACAAAAUUCUUGAAUCAGUAGGCUAUGUUUUAAUUUGAAAAAUCAUCAAGAUGUUCAGAAAUAAAAAAUAAGAGUACUUU